GUGAGUCCACCGAGCCACCUCACCCUGGGACAUCUGCAAAAUGCACGUGGAAGCAUGUGCAGUCAUAGUGCUCACCCUCUUGGCCCGAGGGGGGUCCGACGUUGCUGAUGAUGCGUUUGCAAACCAAGACUGCCGCGUCGAUGCGUUUCCAACACAAUCGGACUUCAGCCCGGACGCGUACCAAGGGCAUUGGUACACGGUGGCAAUCAACCGUUACUGGAUGGAAAUUCCCUUCCUGACAAGCAGGUUCCCUCCCACAGACGUCCAGGCUGUCUACACUCUGGACGACGACGGCAACAUCGGCAUACAAACAGGCAGUUCGGGUGUCCUCGGAUUUGGAUGUUCGGGCAUAAACGGACUGGCUGUAGCUCCGAACAAGGAUUUCCCACAGAAGAACAUUGUGACAUUUCCUGGGACUCUGUUUGGGUGGUUCGUCGGCGCCAAACCUUACUGGGUUCUCCGCACAGACUACACAGGAUUCGCUGUGGUGUAUGCGUGUUGGGUAAAGUUGGACGACGGGACGUGCAAACCGGGUAAGGAGUUUGUGUGGACUCUGAACCGGAAACCGGAAGGACACACUCCCGAACAAUGGCAGCAGAUCAACGCCGUCAUUAGAGACGUGUGUAUUGACCCGCUGACGAUGAAAUCAAUCGAACAGACUGGAAAAUGUAAUGUUCAACAUAAGAACUUGCCCAAGGACGAAAUCUAGUUUUGAUAAAAGCAAGGGCCUGCUAGAUUGACAGUGAUUAUUGCUAAGCCAUGUGAGUCCAGGAACGUCCCUUUCGGAAUAUUUUAUAAGCUAUGUCAAAAACAUAUGAGGUAAUGUUAUUUGUGGAGACAGGAUAAUUAUUUUCUUUGACUUUUGUGAUGGGGAGGGUCUGAGGGGGGACAGCUGACGUCCGGAUAAACGAGAUAUUUUUUAUUUUAACAUUUUGUCCACUGGCAAGUGUUUAGUAGGAAACACUGUCUAAUGUAUUGACAGAGGGGGCUGGGGGGUAGCUGUACUCUGUUCUCGACCUAGUACAACGUAACAGAAGAUAGAUAGAUAGACAUACAUAGAUGUAUAGAUAGAUGUUGAGAUAGUUGUUUAUUUGAGUACGUGAGUGUUUGUGUGUGAGUGUUUUUGUGUGUGUGCGUGCGUGCGUACGUGCGUUCGUGUGUGUGUCACCACUGUACCUGAAAGGUAAAACGUUUCAUUGGAAUCACUUCACCAACGACGAUUAUUUCUGUUGACCGUGUGUGCAUUUAUCAUGACAAUUCACUGCGAAUAUACUCCAUUUAGUCGACAUUUAUUUCAGAUACAUUUUGCAUUAUUUUGUAGAAACGCGCUUUUGCUGUUGUUUCAAAUAAAAACAUGCUAGAAUAGA